AUGGUGGUUGAGCUGGUGGUGGCCAGGCGGAGCGGCGGGAGAAGAGGAAGAGGAAGAGCAGAAGAGAAGGCCAACCUCCGCGGCCGCCCAGCAAUCAUCCUUGUACGCGCAUCAGGAGGUACAUGCCAGCUGCUCCGACCUGGCACAGAGAUAACAGAUGCAAGCUAUUCGAUCAGGAGGUACAGGCUGGCCGGACGGGGCUGGUCAGGUCAGAUUAAAAAAAAGGCGUAUGUCCUAUCUCGAGCUACAGCAAGGGAAAACCCAGCUUGCUGGGCUGCUAUCCCGGAUGCUGCGCUCUCUAAUUCAAGGAGAAGGAAAAAAAAGAAAAGAAAAGAAAACAUCGAAGAAAAGAGCAGCAGAGAGGGCAAAAAAAGGGAAAAGAAGUAA